ACCGGUGCCCUAAAACGUCAUCUCGAGUCGACGGCCCCCCCUCCGCCCCUUUGACUCUAUCGAUUCGAUAACCUCCUUCAGGUCUUGCGAAGCAACCUGCAAUACUAGGUACCGCUCUACCGCUCUACCGCUGGAUAGUACGGACAUAAUACCUCAGUUACCAUCGUGCGACCUGAUUCUUGGUCCUCGUCUGUCAACAUGGAUACCAAUAUGGAAGACGUCGUGCGCGUACCCGCUGAUCUGGCCCCGAUCCCCCCCUCAGAGCCUACGACUACCCCUACCCUCGACGGUUGGAUCGAAAGUCUAAUGAACUGCAAACAGCUUUCGGAAGCUGAUGUUCAGAGGCUCUGCGAGAAGGCGAGAGAGGUCUUGCAGGAGGAGUCUAACGUCCAGCCGAAAUGCCCGGUGACGGUGUGUGGCGACAUCCACGGCCAAUUCCAUGAUUUGAUGGAAUUAUUUAAGAUUGGUGGUCCCAACCCAGAUACCAACUACCUGUUCAUGGGUGAUUACGUCGACCGAGGAUACUACUCUGUCGAGACGGUAACGCUGCUAGUUGCCCUUAAGAUCAGAUACCCUCAACGCAUCACCAUCCUACGUGGCAAUCACGAGUCCCGUCAGAUCACCCAGGUCUAUGGUUUCUAUGACGAAUGCCUUAGGAAGUAUGGCAAUGCCAAUGUUUGGAAAUUCUUCACCGAUCUUUUCGACUACCUUCCCUUAACUGCCCUCAUCGACAACCAGAUCUUUUGUCUUCACGGUGGUUUGUCGCCUAGCAUUGAUACGCUUGAUAAUAUCAGAGCUCUCGACCGAAUUCAAGAAGUUCCUCACGAGGGUCCCAUGUGCGACCUGCUCUGGUCUGACCCUGAUGACCGAUGCGGUUGGGGUAUUAGCCCUCGCGGUGCUGGGUACACUUUUGGGCAGGAUAUUUCGGAAGCAUUCAAUCAUAACAACGGCUUGACUUUGAUUGCCCGAGCUCACCAGCUGGUCAUGGAGGGAUACAACUGGUCGCAGGAUAGAAAUGUGGUGACGAUAUUCUCUGCACCUAACUACUGCUACAGAUGCGGUAACCAAGCAGCUAUCAUGGAGAUCGAUGAGCAUCUGAAAUACACCUUCUUACAAUUUGACCCAUGCCCACGGGCUGGUGAGCCGAUGGUUUCACGACGCACACCAGACUAUUUCCUCUAAGUACCCUACAAAUCUUGGUGCCACGCGUUGGACAAGGCGUGGGUACAAGGUUCGAAGGUGUCCGGGAGUUACGUUGAGCCUAGAUCGCUAUACCCCUGCCACACCAAAAGUCAGAAGGCAACGCACAAAUGUGAC